GACCCCGCGCUGGCUGCACCUCGAGCGUCUCGGUUGUCAUGGAUGAUGAAGACGGCAGGUGCCUUCUAGAUGUAAUUUGUGACCCAGAAGCUCUCAAUGACUUUCUUCAUGGAUCUGAGACCCAUUUGGACACUGACGACCUUUUGGAUGGUACGAGUGAUCCCUCCAGCUCAUUCUUCUCCGCCGCUGGGGGACAUGUUCCUGAGGUCCAGCCAACAGUCCAGCUGUCGGCCAAUGAGCCAAGAGUCAGCGUUGACCUGGACUUCCUUGAGGAUGAUGACAUCCUGGGAGGGUCACCCGAUGGAGAAGGUGGGAGCAAUGGAUUGGGGACGAAUCACGAGCCUUGUGACAUCCUGCAACAGAGUUUGGCCGAGGCCAACAUCACAGAACAAAGCUUGCAGGAGGCAGAAGCAGAGCUCGACCUGGGCUCCUUUGGAAUCCCAGGCCUUACACAGGUGGUUCAAACACUGCCGGAUGCCAGCCUCUCUGCGACAGGUGGGGCUACCGUUGGUGUUGGAAUAGGGGUUGGCGGGGCUGCAACAAUUUUCCCUGGCUCGGCACCAACUACCACGGCUACUCCACCUAAUGCCACGGCUGAAAUGCUAGGGUCAGUUCUUGCGCAGCAACUCCAACCUCAAGUUAUGAACAAGGCUAUCAGCGUACAACCAUUCAUGCAGCCUGUGGGUCUGGGAAAUGUGACUCUUCAACCCAUUUCCAGUCUUCAAACACUACCCAACGGAAGUCAACCUGGGCAUUUAGGUAUUGGACAGAUUCAAGUCGUAGGUCAACCCACAGUCAUGACCAUAAAUCAGUCGGGUCAGCCCAUCUUGGCGAAAGCCAUGGGUGGUUAUCAGCUACAUCAACCUGGGACAGAGGUGUCUGGUGCUGGGUCACAGACCCAGCUUGCAGGCCCAGGAGGUCUCUUGAUCCAAGGCAACAAAGCUACCCUGGGAUCUCAAGCUCUAAAUGGACCGGCCGUUUGCGUCAGCACCACCAACAGCAGCAGUGGAGGAACAAUGACUGCUCCUGGUGGGCUGGUGGGAUUCGGAACCGCCUCUCUAGGUGCGGGAAUCGGGCCGCAGACGCAACCUCAAGGGCAGAUCAUGCAGAACGUUAUCAUUCAGCGCACACCGACCCCAAUUCAGCCCAAGCCGCCCCAGGGCGGAGCCAUACAGCCAAAACUCUUCAAGCAACAGCAGCCCCAGCCAGCAACCCAACCUCUCCAGAACGACGCGCAGAAGGCUCUUGGACUGCAGCAACUCCCUGUGUCUGCUGCUCAGAAUGUCACCUUUCUCACUGGAAAACCAGGCUCCAACGUGGUCCUGAGUACCCAAGCAACAACACAAGCCCCUCAAUUUCAACAAACCCUUUUUAAACAGCAGGCAGCGCAGCCAUCUGGGAAGCCCCUGAGUGUGCACCUGUUAAACCAAUCAGGUAGCAUCGUUAUCCCCUCUCAGACGGUUCUACAAGGUCAGAACCACCAGUUCCUCCUGCCACAGUUACAGGCUGGUGGGCAGAUCCUGACGCAACACCCCGGGGGCCACAUCAUAACCAGCCAGGGUCCUGGCGGACAGCUGAUUGCUAACCAGAUUUUAAGUGCAAACCAAAAUAUCAACUUGAGUCAAGUGUUGACGUCACAGGGUCAUCCCGGUGCAGCCCACAUCCUGUCUGCGCCCAUCCAGCUUCAGCCGGGUCAGAUGGGCACGCCUACCCUCUUUCAGAUGCCUGUCUCGCUGUCGCAGAGUCAAGGCCAGACACCCACUCACACCGUCACACCCGCACAGACUGUUAUACAGGGCAUGCCAAUCCAGAACUCAUUGACCAUGCUGAGUCAGGUGGAGGGUUUGAGCCCUGCUGUCAGUCUGCAGCCGGCCCUGCAACCCCAGCCAAGUGGAGUACCGAGCAGCAGCAGCGUCGGGGCAGCAACGAUGGCCCAGGGCCAGCCUGGAGAGACUGUUGCUGUUUUAGGAAGCACGACUGAGCAGGCAGCUCACCCCGCUCAGCAGCACAUAUCACAGUCAUCUGUCCUCGCCAUGCCGCCCAUCUCCUCUGUCUCCACGGCGACCACAGUGUCCUCUUCUUCUCCGUCCGUGUCUAUAUCGACGUCAUCCUCUGUGACAGCAGUGGGGCUGGUCCCCUCUCAAGCUCAGAACAGUCCUGGAAGGUUGCUUUUCACCAACCAGGGCUCAAGCAUGAUCCUGAGUCAAGAGUCCCUGCAGAUGUUCCUCCAGCAGGAGCAGCACCAACACUCAGAGACUGAGUCCACGCCCCCUGUGGGUGUUCCAGCGUCUGUUAUCGUCAGCAGCAACAACAUCAAUACUCCUGCCCCUGCUGUCAAUGACAGCCAAUUAAGUGACUCUUGGGGGAGUCAGCAGCACAGCCCUCCCCCUGGGGUCUCCCACAUGACAGCAGUGGUAAAGCAGGUUCCCUCCAGCGGACACCAGCAGUCCAUAAACAUCCAGCAGCGCAUGUCCCCCUCGCCAGCCUUAACCAGUCACUCUACUCCGGUGGCUGACAGCCCGCAGCCGUCUCAGUCCCCACUCACUCUGAGCCAGCAGAUCCAGUCCCCACAUCAGCAGCAGCAGCGCCCACCGUCAGAGCCGAAGCCUCAGUCCCAGUCGUCCUCCCGCUCCUGUACGCCCUCUUCUCACCCACCUCUCUUCAUCGUCCAUAAUCAAAUAUCAGAGGCGCCCCAAGUGGGUGCUCAAGUCCAGCAAACACAGACUCACAUUCAAGUUCAGAUCCAGCCCCAGCAAACCCUCUUUCAGCCGGAACAGCCCCCUGUUUCGCAGUCCCCCAAACCUCCCCCCGCCCAGCCAGCACCGCAACAGUUCACGGCAGUUCCUGUCAGCUCCUCGUCCACUCCUGCGGUCAAAACGCCGGGAGCUCUCCCGGGCCUGACUCCCGAGCAGCAGCACCAUCUGCAAAUUGUCGGAUCCCAAAUUCAGACGCUGUCAGGCAUCGCUCAGCCAACGCCACAGCAGAAGCAGCUGCUGGACAAACUGCACCAGAUGCAGCAGAACAUUCUCCUGCAGGUCAAGCAGUCGGCGCAGCAGCUGCCUCAGUUCACCUCUCAACAGGACGCGACUCCAGACAAAGUGGUGAUCACGUCGACAUCCAGCACCGCAACCCCCGUUCAGAUUGCCCCGGCGCUGCAACCCACUUCUGUGUUAGUUAAAACUCCUGCUACAGCCUCAAGUGACUUACAGGUAUUCUCAGGAGCCCCAGGACCAGCUGGUGCCAUGGUGAACCAGACUGUCACUCCUGCCAGCCUUACCCAGCCUGCACAGGUUCAGCCAAAACCAGGAGUGAUCAGCUCGGUCGGAGGGAUGACUCUUGGGAAAGGGGGAGUACAGAUUCAGGUCUUGGGGUCCGGACUCACUCAGAUGCCUGCUCCCCCUCCCCCCACCCUGGUCCAAACUCAGACAACUAUGAAGAUGCCUUUUGGUACAGAGCCCAGUAAAGAAGCCAGGUUGCUGGAACAGCUAAGGAAACAACAAGGCUCAGUUCUCCACCCCAACUACAGCGCCCCCUUCAUCUCUUUUGAGGACACACUGCAAAGACUUCUGCCUUACCACCUCUACCAGGGAACCGCCAACUCUCCUCAAGACUACCACAAAGUGGACGAUGAGUUUGAGAAGGUCUCGUCUCAGCUGCUGAAGAGGACUCAGGCCAUGCUGGACAAAUAUCGCUACCUGCUCUUCUCCGAGUCUAAACAGCGACUCGGACCGUCCGCAGAGAUGGUGAUGAUCGACCGGAUGUUCAUCCAGGAGGAGAAGGUGGCACUGAACCAGGACCGGGUCAUGGCCAAGGAGAGACCAGAGGAGUUUGUGGCGAGUGUGCGGAUGAUGGAGAGCACUGCUCUGUCGCAGCAGAAGUCGCCUGCAGCUGUGUCACCGGUGCCACCCGCAGCCUCCUUGGUUUCCGCUCCAAAAGCAGAACCUGCGGAUCCCCCUACUGCUCUGACCCCUCCCAGGCCCAGCCUCACACCGAACCCCCCACCAGCUCCUGCUCCUGCUCCUGUUCCUGCUCCUGCUCCUGUUCCUGUUCCGGCCCCUGUUCCGGCCCCUGCUCCGGCCCCUGCUCCGGCUCCUGCUCCAGCCCCUGCUCCCGCCACUGCCCCGCCUCCACCUCCUCCUGCUCCUUCCACACCCUCAUUCCCAACCAAGCUGGUCAUAAAGCAGGGGGGAGGCGGAGCUUCAGUGUCUUGGUCCAGCAGCGGGCCCCCUCCUCCUUCAGCGCCCAGCAGGUUAGCAGCAGAACCUGUGACCGCCAGCGCCCCCUUGAGUCGAGCUCCAGCGCCGGCCCCCUCUUUCUCCUCCUCAAACUCACACGUGAGCGACGAUGACGAUGACGCUCUUCCUCAGAGAACCAGCAAACCGCCAAUCAAGACCUACGAGGCACGGCGCCGGAUCGGCCUGAAGCUGAAGAUCAAACAGGACCAGACCGGCUUCAGCAAGGUGGUCCACAACACAGCCCUGGACCCGGUCCACACGCCUCAAACCCCACAGAACAGUCAGCCUGCAUCACAGGCUCGUCUUCAGCCGGACGCUUCGGGGGCACCACCCAAGUCCGGGCCGACGCCCGGCGCUGCCUCCGUCAUCAGAACUCAGUCCACCCCCUGCACAACACAGUCGGCCGUCUCCUUAGCAACCUCACAGUCCAGUCUGCCUCACAGAGGUCCCCCAUCUUCCUCUACCUCGUCCUCACACACCUCUCAAAUGAAUGGAACGUUGGACCACCGUGACUCAGGGGGGGUCAAACACAACCCUGCGUCCACUGUCACGCCCUCACACACCACCUGCCGCCUUCCCCUGAGGAAAACCUACCGGGAAAACAUCAGCCCCCGAGUCCGACCAGGUGUCCCAGGGGGAGGGGACGAGUCCGUGUCUUACCCUCAACCCACGCCGUCUCCCCCCUCCUCACCCCCGGAGCGGACUGUGGUGGCCAAUGUGAAGGUAGAGAAGAGGGGGAGAGAGGUGUCAGGUCAGGACGCGGGGCGACUCGGCGGCUCGGUGGACGAGGUCUUCAAUCACGGAGUCAAAUCCACACACCAUCUCUCACACAUGGUGAGCCGGGACGGGACGAAGGGGAGAGGGGGGGAGGACGAUGACCUGGACCCGGAGGUGGUCAAGUACAAGCGGGUGAGCAGCAAACACAGACAGAGGACUGCUGGGACUUUUCGCAUGGACCAGCACGCGCCAGGACCCCCGUCCCCGGAGUCCUCUUUCACCCGAGACUCUUUGCUCCCCGCUAAACGCUGUAAGUCGGACUCCCCCGACAUGGACAACGCCAGCUUCUCUAGCGGCAGCCCCCCAGAUGACUCCCUGAACGAGCACUUGCAGUGCGCCAUCGAUAGCAUCCUCAACCUGCAGCAGGAGCCCACCACCCGCGGCCACAGCGUCCGGGGGGGCAACAGCCGGCAACACCAAAGCCAACGGCCGGGAGGCUCCUCCAUCACCCCUGCCUCCUCCGGGUCCGCCUCGUCCUCCCUCGUCCAGCACCCUCAGGUCAGCGGUCGAGGACACAACGGCAGUUUGGUGCCGCAGACUCGGAGCAGAUAACAGCCCCUGAGCCCCCGACUGGACUGACUCCAGGGGCUGUUUUGGAGGUGGGGGCUCUGGAAAACAUGACUGUGAUGUGUUGGCCUUGAAUUGUCCGCCUGGCUGUUCGUCCAUCUUCUUUUCUUUAGUCGGUCUUUAGUGGCGACAGAGUCAUGAUCCACAGGUGAAGCGGCUGCGAGGGCCCGAUAGCACAACGUCAGCAGAAGGGAAUCAAACCAUCCUGUCACCAGUUCCAUCAGUUUUACGUCUCCCUCGUGACUUCGAUUUGGCUGAAGACUGUUUUGUAAAGACGACUUGUGUUAUGCAGACGUGACCUCUCCACAUACAUGCAUUUCAGUCAACAGGGGGCGCUGCAGAGCGACUUCUUCUGGUGGGCAAUUCAAACAGCACAAGCGAUGAACUGCGGAAACAGGAUCAAUAAUAAUGUACAAAAGACCGUGAGAGAAUUUGAAGUAUAGUAUUACAGAUUAAUUUUGUAUUGUAUUUAUUGUGUAUAAUGAUACUUUUUAAGGAAAAAAAAGAAAUGUACAUUUAGUAAAACUGUAAAUUAAACCUCGCUUCUUUUAUGAGCUGCUGAAGUCACCUCUGAU